UGCCAGUGUGUGUCAGUCUGUCGGUCACUGUCAGCGAUGGUGUCCCGGCGGAGCGGAGUGUCCGUGUGCUGCGCGGUGUCUGCCGCUCUCCUGGUCCUGCUGCUGCAGCCGCUACCGGGAGCCCCGUCCCCGCACAUCCCCCCGUACAAUGAGACGGCGCGGGUGGCCCGCUAUGUGGCCCACCACUGUGACUGGGGCUCCCUGGCCACCAUCUCCAGCCACGACCCGGUCCGGGGUCAGCCCUUCGCCAACGUGUUCUCUGUCAGUGACGGGCCCCGGGGCCACAGCAGCGGCGUCAUCUACUUCUACCUGACCGCCAUGGAGAUCUCCGUGCAGGACCUGCAGGUGAACUCACAAGCAUCUCUGACGAUGUCUUUGGCGCAGACACCAUACUGCAGACUACAUCACUACGACCCAGAGAGCCCGCUGUGUGCUCAUAUUAUAGUCUCUGGGAGCGUUGUGAAGGUGGAUGACAAGGAGACGGACACCGCCAAGUUGGCUCUGUUCACCCGUCACCCUGAGAUGAGCAGCUGGCCCAGAGACCAUGACUGGUUCUUUGCCAAACUCAACAUCACCAACAUCUGGGUGCUGGACUACUUUGGUGGGAUCAAGACUGUGACACCGGAUGAAUAUUACAAAGCCAGACCUUAAUUAAUAGCAGUUGAUGCCGCAGCUCCUGGAGCCAGUAACGCCUCGUGCUGACAUAAUGCCGCCCUGCCUUUUAUUUUAUGUGAUUUCUUUUCUUUUUUUCUUGUAUACUAACAACUGCUUUUCAGAAAAUGUACUUAAAUGUAAUAUGCCCCCUCUUUAUAAAGAACAUGUUCUUAACCACUUAACUGGCAUGGUCAGAUCAUAUGCGAUCGCGCCGCCCCACUUUGUCCCUUUUUGAUGAGGAGAUCCAUUCGGUAGAUGUGCAUAAUAUAAUAUUAAAAUAUUUGAAAAAAAACUUUUUAAACUAUAGUAAAUACUAUAAAAGAACAAAACAAUGUUAUGAACAGGUUUGAAGGGAAAGAUUGUCAGUUAAGUGGUUAAUAUGGGUUCUUUAUACCACAAUAUGCUACAUAACGUAAACCCGUACCCUCUGCGGACAUCUGUGUAGGUGGAGAGACGGAUCGCAGGAAAACCCAUACUGCAGCAUCUGCAGUAAAUAUAAACCCCCCUCAGGUCUGUUCCAUGCAGACUGAAUGCAUACCCUCCAACAUUUUACACAUAAAAAUCGGUAGAAAUUAGGAAAGGGGCGUGGCCACGGGUUAAGGGGGCGUGGCCACAUCCCUUCUCCUAUACUUUCAAUGGAAGUUUGGAGAGCCAAAAAUCGGUACAGACCAUUAAAAAAAAAAAGGUACUGUACCUGCCAAAAAGGUCCAGUUGGAGGGUAUGUGAAUGCCUAGGGCCCCUGCAGAGACUUUGGCAUAGUAGCCAUAUUAUCUCUCCGCCAUGUUUUAGACGCUAUUAAAUCAAGAUGAUUUCUCUGAUGUUCUCUCAUAUACUGACAUAAUGAGGAAACGUGUGAUUUACGUGCUGAGAAUAUAUUGACAAAACUAAUAUAGUAAUAGGGUGAAUGUGAGGUCUGUUCUAGGCUUGGGGGAUUAGGGGCUCUGGAAUAAAAUUUCCUGGUAUUCCUAUGGGAAAGUCCUGGAUCCUGGGCUCCCACAAAGUCAGACAGAGGGAAUUACCAGCCAUUGUGGCAAAACCUUUAUCACUUCUGGCUCACUUUACUGUACUGUGCUGCAAGUGCUCCUUAAAACCCUUAUCUGCGUAUUUACUGGAGCUGCCACAUCACUUCCCAGACUAAUAUAAAAGUUAAGGCACAAUAACCAGUUGUAUAACAUUUCUCCCAUAUGAUUUAUGUGCUAUAAAGAGAGAUCUAGUUACAGAAAUAUGCGCAGAGCGGCUGUCUGUACAUCCAUCGACAGUUCCUGCCACAGAGAGCAGUGAUGGAGUCCAUUCGAGUCGUUACCAUGGUUCUUGGUGUUUUUAGAUGAGACCCAACCUUCUACAUGUAGCUCUCCCCUACUGUACUUGGUGGAAGAGUACUAGACAUUAGUAUAGAGAUGGCGGAUGAAGCAAAAGGGACCCAUGAGGGCCACUCCCGGCCGCUCAAUAAGCUUGAGGCUGGUGAAGAAUGAGCACUAUGCCAGCGUGUUUGGCGUAACGAACAGGAUUUUGCUCUGCGCUUCUCACACAAUGUUUUUAUCCAACUAUAGAAUGUAAACAAUAUUUUCUCAUGCACGUUCCUGCACAGAUAGGGGGAAAAAACUACUUAGUGGGGGUCAUUCCGAGUUGAUCGCAGCCAGCAACUUUUUGCUGCUGUUGCGAUCAACUUGCCUAUGGGGGAGUGUAUUUUAGCUUAGCAGGGCUGUGAUCGCUUGUGCAGCCCUGCUAAGCGAAAAAAAAUUCAAGUAAAACAAGACCAGCCGUGGACAUACUUACCCUGUGCAACGAUCUCAGUGAUGCUGGGGCCGGCUUUGACGUCAGACAUCCGCCCUCCGUUUUCCUCGACACGCCUGCGUUUUCAAAUCUACUCCCUGAAAACGGCUGGAAACGCUUCGUGCCGCCCAGGACCGCCUUCUUCCUGUCAAUCUUCUAGUGGUUGGCUCUGCGACCGCUUUGCUCGCUCUUCUGGAUGUAACCCGGCGACCCCUGUCGCCGGGCAACGUCCGCCACACAUGCGCAUUCCAGACCCGAUCGCACCGCAGCGACAAACCGCUGCGUGCGAAUGGGUCGGAAUGACCCCCUGUGUCCCUUCUACACAGCCGAAAUAGACUGAUACAGUGGCUGAACUGUAAUAACCCAAAUGGAGAAAACACAGAAACUUCUAAGUAAUACCUGUCUAUUGAGUCCUAUUAGUUCUUCUGCAAUUUUAUUAAUGAUUCUUUUUGGAAAUAAAAUCAAGUCUCUUAAUAUAUAGUGAUUGACAAAUUCAGUUGGUACUUGUAAAAGUGCGAAGUUUUGUUUCUGACCAGAGUGUGCCCUAAGUCUGACCUAUGGUAUAUCCACAUUUGUUCUUUUAUAUGAUCUAACGUAAAGCAAGCUCUCAAAUUCUGCAUAAAUGUUUACUAUUUUAUUGAACAAUAAACUGAUCUUGAAUGUAUUGCUUUGUACCGCGAUAAAUAAAUCUAUAUUUGUAAGAA